AUAAAAUUGUAAUUAAACUUAUUAAAAGAAACAUAAAUAAUCUUCUAUAAAGCAAAAUCUAAUUAGAUAUCCUCUUAGUAAUAUAAGAAACAAAUCGUCUUACAUUUCUAGCAUAUCUUUCAACUAUCAAUCACAAUGAUUUCUUUCAUUGCUUCUAAUAUUAAAUGUAAAAUAACCAUAAUCAGAAAAUAUAUAAGGUUUGCACAACACGUUUCUAAAAGAAUUAUAUUUAUGACAGCAAAGAAUAUACGUUGUUUUUCGUUAAGACUUAGGAUAAUUAUAAAGGUAAAUAAUGUUGUCUAAUUAUUUAAUUAUGUUGUUGUACAUAAAUGUUAUAUAAGUGAUUUCUCUAUAGUAUUAGAGUUAUAUUGUCUUUUUCAUACAUUGUGACAUAUUACGAACUUGUAUCUCUUCUACGUAGUGAAUCGAUGCUAAUGCGUGAGAAAACUGCAAAUGCGAUGCGUGACAUUGAACCCAAUUGCUUAGCGAUAUAGUGGUACGUAAUUUUUUUGUCGGCAUUAGUUCUCAUACGAUCGCAUGGAAACUAGUUUGAAUAUUUAAUAGGUUUGAAAAGAACGCUUUUAAGAAGUUUCUGCAUAUGCGAUGUAAAUGCUCUGUAUUGAAUGCGAGGUAACAUCGGUUCAUGCAGGAAGAGAAACCAUCAGUUUUUCGCUAACCUUCGAUAUGGGUGCUUCAAAAUACUCCGGACGAAAUGACUUCGAAUGGGCAGUGAAAUUGAAUCGUGCGGGUUUGAAUUUGGUUGGGAUAUGGCCUGAUCCGGAAGAAAAUCCCAGAGAAAAAUUAAUGAGCAAUAUACGUGUAUUCGUUACAUUUCUGCUGGUGAUAAGUUUAUUGGUGCCUUCUAUACAUUCAUUGAUUAAAACUCAUUCUGAUAUCAUGCUGACAACAGACAAUUUACAAUAUACUUUACCGGCUCUUAGCACUAUUAUAAAACUCCCAAUAUUUUGGUGGAAAAAAAAAGCACUUGCCUCGAUCAUAAAGAUGAUUGUCGAAGACUGGUUAAAGUCAAAAACCAUCUAUGAAAAAAAUGCGAUGAUGAAAUGGGCGCUACGUGCACGUAUUAUUAUUACAUGCACGUAUCUUGUAAUAGUGUUGGCAUUCAUACUGCUUUUUGGCAUGCCUAUUAUCGGAAAAUCAAUGGCAUUGACUCCGAAUAUCACUGAUUCCGGCAAAUCAAUGCUCAUGCCAACCUAUUACAUUUAUGAUGUAACGAAGAAACCGCAGUAUCAAUUAACACUUAUUAGUCAAUGCAUCUCUCUCAGUACUGGUGCAGUGAUUUAUACAGGAAUCGAUAACUUUUUUGGACUAUGUGUUUUUCAUAUUUGCGGACAAUUGAAUAUUAUGAGGAGUCGUCUCAAACAUAGUCACGGAAAUUUUCGUACCGUAUUGAAGAAUAGUGUGAUAUAUCAUAUUCGAUUGCUCAGAGCUAUAAAUACUAUAGAAGAUACGUACAGUGUGAUCCUUUUAAUAUUGUUUGUAUAUUUUGGAAUAAUGUUUGCAUUCUGCGGAUUCCUAUUAAUUACUCUAUUUGAAGUCGAAGAGAACAAUGUAUCGUUCACGCGUUUGUUAUUUCUUUUCCUUAUUAUUAUCUCUAUGCUCGUACAUAUGGGUAUUUAUUGCGCAGUUGGCGAGGCACUAAUAUCUGAAUGCAAUGGAAUUUAUUAUGCGGUCUACGAUUUCGAAUGGUACUAUUUGGAUCCAAAAGAAGCGAAGGAUUUAAUCCCAUUUAUUAUUAAAGUUAGUGAGCCUGUAUAUUUCACUGCUGGAAAAGUAUUUCCAGUGACAAUGGCUAUGCUUUGCAAUUAUGGACAUCCUAAGAGAGAGGACGUGUUACAAAGCACGUCUAGAUCGAACAACUAGAAAUGUCACAAUAGCAAGUCCGCAAACACGAAGCAAACGUCGAUAAAUAGAUGUCAAGGGUGAAAAACAUUGUCAAUGGCAGAUAAGACUGUCAUACACGGAGUUCAAAUUUUCAGUAUCAUUCUGUAAAUUAAUUAUGUUGUCAAACAUGUUUAUAAAAAACAUUUCAGCAAUUUGUCUCGUAUGCCAGUGCUUUCUUUGUGCAACACAAUCGGAUUUGAUCAAUCAAAAUCAUGAUUGCCAGAAAGACGAUGUUCAGUCACUACGGAAUAGGUUUUUGAACUUCGAUUAAUGUUGCGUCUAUGUUCACCAAUUCUAGUUUCGAGUCUUGUGCUUUGUAACAUGUCCUCUCACCUAGGAUGUCCAUACUGUAAAGUUCAGUUCAUAUGUUAAUUUUGUAACAUCGUCACUUGAUAAGGACCACAACCCGCAUGGUCGAAACGUAGUUUGUGAAUAAAGAAGUUUCUUGCCAGUUUGGUCGCUUCAUUUCUAAUUCAUUCACUGGCGCAUAGAAAACUGAUAAAGACAUCAGCCGGGUACAUAUCCGUUUUACUCGCAACGAAGAGGAAUUAAAAUUUCAUUUAAGAAUAAAUUCUUUCUAG